AGCAGCCUGUGUUCUAUAUAAACCAAGCUGAAUUACAGGGAGCAGGGAGAGUGUGAGACGGAGAAGAAGAGAGAGGAAUAGACGGCGAUACAUCCCAACUGAUAUUUGCCUCCAGGAGUGUUAUUUGACUGCGCUCAGACAGGCAAUGGAAGGGAUACUAACAAAGUUGCAGAGAAGCAGAUUAUCUAUCGGUGUCGACCUGAUGCGAUGCACGGCCGUGUUUGUCCUGCUGCUCAUCUGGAAGGAAGCGGCGUCUGUUCCCCUGAGGCAGGGUCCCAGCGAGCAGCCGGCGGCCUCUCCGGAGCAGCCCGGCGUUAACCAGAGCCGGGGGUGGCCGGGUCCGGUGACCGUAAACUCCAGGACGCCGCGGAAGUGGUUCGUCCCCGUCGAGGUGGGAGAGACGGACUACGAUGGUUCAGAGGAGGAGGAGGAGGAGGAGCCCACGAUGCCCCCCCACCGUCUGCACCCCUUGAAGCAGUGCAACUACGACCGCUGCACCCACAUGCAGGUGCCCUGUGCGGAGUUGCAGAAGGAAAAGCAGUGCCUAUGCCCCGGGAUGACUUUUCAGUCCGUCGCGCCGGAGCAGCCGAGGGUGGAGCCGGUGACUGGGAUAACGGACCACGGGGCGACUGUGCACUGGUGUGAGCCUCCGUCCAUGGUGGGGGGCUACCAGCUGGUGUACUGGGCGGAGAGCUCGCCGGACAACACCACCACCAGCCCCCCCCUCCCCAGCCUCUACCGCGUACACACUUUGGACGGGCUGCUUGCGGGCACCGGUUACGUGGUCUGCGUCCAGGCGUUCAACCCGUCCGGGAAGAGCACCCUGCCGGGCACCCGCCCCUGUGUCACCUUCAGCACCACCUCCAUACGCCGCCUGAUCCUCUACCUCGGCCUCAGUGUCUGCACGCUUGUCCUUCUCAGCGUCGUUUGUGUCUUGCUGAAGUGUUACUGCGCCAGGCGCCGCAGUCUCGACUCCUCCUCGCCCUCCCCUCCUUCCCCCUCCUCGAUGCCUCUUGGUCUUCGCAACCCCACCUACGAGCAAGACAAGAGCAGCUCGCCGCCGUCCUAGGGUGGUAGUUGGACUUUGAACCCCCCCCCACCAUUCCCCCCCUACCGAGCGAGCCUCCCCUGCUGAAUGCCGCCAUUGCUCCUUGAGGCAGAGAAGAAGGAUGGGGGGGUGGGGGGGGGGGCUGCAACUCAUAUCAUGGAACAAUAUCCUGGACAAACUAAUAUCGAACGCCAGGAGAAGCCUCCUAGAAGACUGCAGAUCAGAUGGGACCCUAAGAGCAGGCCCUUCGAGCCUCUUCUCUUAUUAUGUAGGAAGGAACUCCAGAUGCCGGCUUACACCGAAGAUAGACAUCAAAUGCUGGAGAGGCCAUUAUUGGCUCAAUUGUGAUCAUGCCUAGCCUUUCGGCUGACUGGUUAGCACGCAACAAAAGCUUUUCACUGUACCUCGGUACUAAACUCAACUAAGAUCACGUCAGAACUUCUACCUCAUUGUCCUUACAUAGAAACAUAGAAACAUAGAAAAUAGGUGCAGGAGUAGGCCAUUCGGCCCUUCGAGCCUGCACCGCCAUUCAAUAUGAUCAUGGCUGAUCAUCCAACUCAGUAUCCUGUACCUGCCUUCUCUCCAUCUUAACUCCUCAAAUAAUCAACAACCUACUGUUUUUUUAACUCUUCUCAGUGACCAAGCCUCGACAAGUCAAGAGAAUCAAGAACGUUUAAUUGUCCCAUGUUCCGAAACAAAACAAUGAAAUUCUUACUGGCAGCAGCACAAAAGUCUUCUGGCGUGGAGUGUUCCAGAGGUUCACCACUUUCUAUCUGAAGGUAUUUCUCCUGAACCUCUGACUCCAUGUUCUGAGUCUGUGACCCCUUAGCUGAAGGAAACGUUCUUCAGUCUGAAGAAGGGACUCGACCCUUAACGCCACCGAUUCCUUCUCUCCAGAGAUGAUGCCUGUCCCGCCGAGUUACUCCAGCACUUUAUGUCUAUCUUCCCUGCAACCAGUCGAUCAAGUCCUAUAAGAAUUUCAAUGCCUUUGCUGUAGAAAGAAAGAAUUGGAGAUGACAAAAAGUUUAAGAAGGAACUGCAUGCAGAUGCUGGAAAAUCGAAGGUAGACAAAAAUGCUGGAGAAACUCAGCGGGUGCUGGUUUACAAAAAAAGGACACAAAGUGCUGGAGUAACUCAGUGGGUCAGGCAGCAUCUCUGGAGAACAUGGAUGGGUGACUUUCGGGUCGGGACCCUUCUUCAGACUGACACUGGCCUGAAACAGAGGAAUUUAAUUAGUUAAUGGGUGAUGGGUAAUGAAGGUUGUGGAGGCCAAGUCAAUGGAUAAUUUUAAGGCAGAGAUAGAUUUUUGAUUAGUACGGGGGUCAGGGGUUAUGGGGAGGAGGCAGGAAAAUGGGGUUGAGAGUGAAAGGUAGAUCAGCCAUGAUUGAAUGGCAGAGUAGACUUGAUGGGCCGAACGGCCAAUUCUCCUCCUAUCACCUAUGAACUUAUGAAUCCUUCCUGCAUGCCUGCUCUCCUAGGGCCCGGUUAUUGCACACAUUCUUAUCUGAUUAGUCAGUCUGUCUGCACCUGAGACAAUCGACAGAGCAGAGGGAAACAAAGUACAACUCGGUGAGCAAGAGCGUGGCUCAGAAGUGUGGAAGCUGGCAUCUGACGGCAUGUCUGGCGUGUGUGUUUAUGUGUGAUGUGUUCCAUAUUCACCCUGACUCAUAGGCUGCUGCUGAAAAUGUUGGCCAAAUUUCAAAAUCGGCCAAAGUUGUGGAAAAUUGACAUUGGCUGACAUGAAUUGUAGUCAUUUGCAACAGUCAGCAAGUAUACACAGGGAAGAUGGAUUGAGCUGCAUCAGUACUUUUUUUACAUUUUAGAAAUUCCACACAGACAGCAACAGAGGUCAGGAUUGAACCCAGGACCCUGGCGCUGUGAAGCAGCAGCUCUAGCAGCCACUCCAUGCUGUGCCACCUUUGCUUUGUUU